UAUUACCACGGACACUUUUCUGUUUACACGAUCACAACGUGGGUCACUGACAGAACUUUGUUGGCAUGUUAGGGAGUAAAACCAAAAGUCACUAAUAUCAGUUUUUCCUGCAUAUUAAAAUGGGUAAAAAGCGUGAAAACGAAGACUCGGUGGAGUCCAACAUUCCGCUGAAAAAAGAAGUCUCGGAGUUCAAUGGGACUGCAUUUAAAGCCAUGCUGAAGGAACCAGCCACAGUCAUGAGAGGACUGGAGACAUUCGUUUCCACCGCUAAGAAGCUGCCAUGCUCUGAUCUGUAUGAUGUGGUGGAAGGAUAUAUUAAAAUUUCUAUGGAGUGUGCUGAAAUAUUCAAAUUGCUAGAGAGAGAAAAGCACGUAGAGACUGAGAUGAUGCUGAUCUUUGAGAGCUUGGAGAUGAUCCUCCUCCGGACAGCCAGUGACCUGUCCCACUUCAGCAUGGUGGGCAAUGCUAUUGUGAAAAAGAUUGUUUCUAGCCACGUGAAACUCCUGCAGGGAUCCUUCCAAUCAGAAAAUCACAGGUUCGUCCGUCAGUGCCUCAGUCUCCUGUCAGCCUUGGUGUCUCAGGGUCAAGAAGCUGCAAGAGAUGUCCUGAGUAACAUUCACGUCAACAAAGCUCUGUCUGGACUGGCAAAGAGAAGGGAUAAGAGGGGAAGACCUGAUGUCCGCAUGGCUUAUAUCCAGUUUGUGCUGUCCUUUUUGGUGUCUGGAGACAAUGCUACAGUUGGACAGUUAUUAGAAAUCAAAGAACUCCUACCAGAGAUCCUGAGUACGGGUGUGAAGGAGGACAGGAUGUCUAUCGUCAAUCUGAUUUUGUCUACACUGAAGACAAGAGUGGUGAUAAACAAGGGCAUAAGUAAGACGCAGAAAGUGCGUUUUUUCACACCUGUUGUAUUGGCCAACAUAGCAUCUCUGUAUAAAUGGAAUGGGAUUGAGGAUGCAACCACUGAUGAUGACAGAAUGGUAGACGACUCAGAGCAUGCUGGGCAAUCAGUCAUUCGGGAACUUGUUCACAGUUUCCUUCUUGACAUUUGUUGCUCUCGUAAGCACGGCAUCAGCUUUCAUGAUGCCAGCUUUGGCACAGCUGGCAGAGCUGGUAACAUUGUCUUGCUUCAGUUCCUGGUGGGGCAGAAGCAGGCCACAGAGGAUGAGUUGGUGACGGAGCUGGUGGUGAAUGUGUUGAAAGCAACCCCUGACAUGCUGGCCAGAUACUUUCAGGAGACGCAGUAUUCAUAUACCCCCCGCCUCAAAAGUGCUUGGCAGGACAAUGUCAAGUUACUUAAAAAGAUCUACGAAGCCCAGCCAGAGAUUUCCACAGUCUUCCAAACUCGUGAAGUCCUCCCUCUCCCUCGCCUGCUGUCCAUGAUCAUGGUGGUUUCUCUUCCUCCGGUCUGCAACAAGGCCUUCUUCACACAGGGCCUCACUUUUGCCAACACAGGUGUGCAGCUCACCACUCUGUCCAUGAUGAAUUUCAUCUUAAAAAGAGCCAAUAAGAACAUGAACUACCUUUUGGAUAAGUCUGAGUGGCGCAGCGCGGAUGGAUACACUCUGGAAAUGAUGGGGGAUUUGGUGCUGCAGUACAGGGAGAUUCUCAGCAAGAUUCUGCCAGAUAUGACGAGCAUAGUUUCAAAGUGGCAGUCACUUAGCAAGAAGGAAAAGACGGAUGGUGACGAAAAAAAGACAAAAACUGAAGGGGUCCCUGAGCAGACGACUAACAAAAACGAAGUGCCCGCAGUUGCUGAGACAGCUGAGGUAAUUCUGCUGAAGACUCUGAUUCUCCAGGUCAUCUGUCUCUACCAGAAAGUCGUGCCACAUCUGGUUAGCCAGUGCAAAUUUGAUUUCAGCAAGCUCCUAAAAGGGAUUGUGUCUGAGAAAGGGAUGAGGGAAGAAGUUCCCCCAGUUUUGCAGUAUCAGAUUCUGCAGUUGGCCUUAGAUCUCCCUGCGAGCAUGUUCUCCUGGUUUCGCAUACAGGAUGUUGACACCGAAUCAUCAUCUGGAGAGAAGUCAGUACUGUACCUGCUGCUCAAGAUGUUUGUCAGCAGCAGCAGCAGCCACCUGAAGAGCUCCACACGACAGCUGGUUCUAAAAGUGCUGAAGGACAGUGGAGUGUUCGAGUACACCUGGACUGAGCUGGAGCUCUGGCUCGACCAGCUGGCCAAAGUAGAGGCAAGCCAACAAGAGGCUGUCAUCCAGUUCUUAGUGAGGGUGUUGGUGAAACUGGUGUGUAAUUCUUUCACAUACACAGAUAAGGUUGCCAGUCUAGUCCAGGAGGCAGCUUAUCUUCAAGCUAACCUGAGUAUCCAGGAGGGCGACGCAGCCAGUAUCCCAAUCUCACACAUAGAUGAUGUCUUAGACAUGCUGGAUGUCAUCAUGGAGGGUAAUGAAGGAGAGAUGGAGGAGCUCGGGCCGUCUCUGAGUGAAGACCUCAUCAUCCAGACCUUCCCCUUCAGUGUGGUGGUCCCCGCUGCACUGGAGGCUCGUAACAAAUUGCCAGCAGACAUGGGGGUGGUACAUGAGUACUUGUCUGCGGUGCUUUCAGAUGUGUUGCACUGUCAGAGAGAGCCUCUCCCGCUCUGCCUGGCUCUGCUGCAGUACGAUAAAGAGCUCGUGUCCACGGAACUCUCCGCUCCUCCUCAUCCCUCCAUCAUACACCUUCAUCAGUAUUACUCCAAAUGGCUUCCUCAGCAAAGCCGAGAGGAACUGUUCAAAUCCUCUGAACACCAUUCAAAGGGAUCCUCGACCCCCAUUUCAUUCAGCGCACUGAUGGAGUCUGCAUAUAGCCAAGGUCCAAACGCUCUGCUAGAGGACGCAUUCAGGAAGAAUGUGGAAGGAACUCUAGCUUCAAUGUUGAUUGAUGAUUUUCCAGUAGCAACUAAGCAGAUAUUACUCUACAUAAGAUCAACAGUGGAAAACCUUGGCACGUUCCCCAAAGACAUAGGAACCGCCCCUCUGAAGACUUUAAUGGGAAUACUCCAUGAUUUGGUGAGCAAGCUGCAAGGCUUUCAGGAAUCUGCACACUGUGAGCCAGCAGCAGAGAACUCCCAGGAAGGAUCAGACCUCUUCCUGGAAAUCAGCCAGUUGUCCACAGCAGAAGCCAAUAAAGAGCAGGUCCUCUUUUCGGUCCUUGGCUCCAUCUUCAAGCAUCCGUGUUUGCAGCAGUGGUUCCUGGCUCUGGAGCUGGCUGCUCUGCCUCCUCACACUCUGAACCCCGUCAGGCUGAAGCACAUGUGCGCUCAGCUGAAUGAUGACAUUCUGACCUUGCUGAAGACAUGCUCCCCUACUCUAAGUGAUCUCGGUCACCUGGAGCUCAGUUGUAGCUAUAUGGAGGCGAUAGAGAAAGCUGUGCUCAAGGAACUGAUGGAAAAGGGCUCCCAGACACCAAAGAAACAGUCUCGACCUUUCCAGGCCCUCCUGUCUCUUCACAGCUUCAUGGACUCCUGCAACCUCAGAGAGGUGGUUUCCAAGUUGCUACUCCUCCCCCACGGGAGCCUUAUCUCUCCUAGUAGUGAGGGCGCACAGGCCGAGCUGAGUGUCUAUGGUCAUGCAGCUCUGCUCAUCCUCACAGAGUCUAAAGCUAACCCUUCCAAGGACCACGGCAUCUUUCUGUCUCAGGCCCACCUCCAUGGCCUGAGCACCCUGCUGCUGUCCUGCUCCAGCCACGCACUGGAGGCCUUCCUGCUGCAGACUCUGUCCACUGAGCCAGGCAGUGCUAAACUCAUCCACACAGAUGUGCUGCUGCACUGUCUCCAGUUUCCUCUCCCAGACUCCCUUUCCAUUAGCUCUCUCCUGCUGCAGAACUGCUCCACACAUCGCCUCUGCUUUGAAAUGUGGUGUCUCGAGCCAGCAAACAUGGAGAAGCUCUCAGAGCAGACGGAAACAUUUCUUCCACUUAUCAACACCUACCUGCAGGUGGCAAGGAGAGAGGAUCCCGCCAGACCACAAGAAGUGCAAAAAGAGGUUGUAAUGGCUUUGAAGCAAGCACUGCUGGCAAAACUGUCCCAAUGUGUUCUGGGAAACCUGACGGAAGACUCUGGAGCCCAGGUGACUGAAACACUAGCCAAUCUGAUCAGGCUGUCAGCGAACAUCAAGGACACUAAGAGCUUGAUCAACACACUGCCCGAUGCUCUUCAAAAAGUUGACAGUUUUGAAAGAUGGCAACUAGUAGAUGCUGUCACUGAGAAACUGGAUGGUUGCCCAGAGGAACAAGACACCUGGAGGAAGUCAGUCACCACGGCUGCCCUCAAGUGUCUCAUCGCGGCCUACAGUCAUUCUAAAGAUCCGGCUACUGCCCGUUUGGAGCAGGAGCACAGCAUCCUGGAGAGACUGCAAGGACUGCUAACAUCAGCUGAAGACAUCACUGCAUCUGAAUGGAACAGUUUUAUCAAGAAUGGACUGAAAUAUCGGUACAGAGAUCACCGCUAUCUGAACACUUUGAGCCACCUGUUGGGAGUGAUGUACGGUGGCACUGAAGUCCAGAAGGACCUGAUUCCUUUAGCCACCCUUUACAUGAUGACAAGCAGCCAUUCUUUGUUCCUGCCCACCAUGUUGGAAGAUGAUGAAGAGCACAGCAGGUGUCAGGCUAAAGAAGCGUUAGUGUCUCUACUUCUCUCUUUGGUGAAGAAAUGCCCAGCCGUCUGUAACACCAAUCAAUUUGUCGUUCUUUUGGGAGCAUAUGGAGUUUCCCUGAAUAAUUCAGAUCAGAAACUAUUACUGCUCCUUCAGGAAUAUGAAAGAAACAAUGUCAGUCUGCUGAAAUUUCAAUCCUUCCUGUGGGGCCCGGCAGCUGUGGAGCACCACAAGACCAGGAAAAGCCUCGGAGCUUCACUGUGGAAGCAAGAGAGCUUCGAGGACCUGUUGGCCCUGCUUAACACCGACAGGAUGCUCCAAACCAUUGCACACUUUCCACAGCAUCGCAAAAUCAUCCUGCAGGAUGAUAAGGAGCGGGUGUACUACAACAAUGCAGUGGAGGACCUUGGGAAUUUCUAUGAUCCCCGUUUUCUUUUGCCUCUGUUCAGCACCAUUCUGCAGCCAGAGUGUGUGAUUGACUGCCUCAAGUUUGUAUCCAGUCAUGCCCUGGGACUAACUGUAAUGGCUCUGAGUAGCUACGACACUAAAGUGAGAGCGGCAGCGUAUCAUGUGCUUAGCUGCUUCUACCACCACCUGGAGGGUGCUCGCUUCAGAGAGAAGAGACAGUUGCUGUACCUGAUGGACACAGUGAGGAAUGGGGUCCGACAGCAGAAUCAAAGACUUCCAUUUGUCUUGACCACCUACAUCGCCAAAGUGGCUCAGCAGAUGCUCAAACCUGAGGACCACAUGUACAUGGUUUUGAACAGGUUCCUGCUGUCCCAUCAGAGUUUGGACUUCAGAAGAGUCCCAGAGUUCUUCAAGCUAUUUUAUGGCUUUGACUUAGAGCAUAAGAUGGAACGUGAGUGGAUCCUGAGUGUGCUGGAGGAAGGGAUAAGUGAUGGACACAGCUAUGAACUGUGUGAACAACAAGGCAUCUUUCAGACCCUUUUAGCUUUCAGCAGCAGCCCCCUGUGUGAUGAACACUCCCAGGCACAGAUAAUUAGGGUGUUGUGCCAGGCCGCCCGUGUGACCAGAGCAGCUUAUAACCUCACCAAGAGCUCUGGGCUGCUAACCUGGAUAAUACAGGUGGUUGAAAAAAAGAAUCUGGAACAGCAGCUGCUUGGUGCCAUCAUAGAUUUGCUCCAUGUGCUCUGGUUUACUAACCUCGGGCAGAAGGAGAAGCAGGUGGAUGAAGCCAAGACCUCUUCAUCUACAGAGGAGAAACCCAAGAGCUCAGUGAAGUGUCUCCCACUCCCCCUCAUCACUGAAUUCCUGUCUGUGGCAUUAACCAUCAGCAGACACCUCAGGUCGCGUGUGAAGGCCGCUCAGCUCAACGUGUUCCUGCAGACCCUUUGCUCUGUACUGAAGCAUCGUGGGACAGCUCUCAGUGUAAACCAACAGGCUGACUGGCUAACACUCCACCCACAGCCUCUCUCUUGUACCGAAGCCCUCACUUUGCUUCUCUGUUGGGCCUCCCUGUCCCGCAACGCAGCACUCCUUUCCCAAAUACAAGCCUUGGCUGAAAGGCACAAAUUAAAGGAGUUGCUGGGGAUGGGGAAGGAUAAGGCCAGAGGUAGAGGCUCCUCUUCCCAAGCCCGUGCCAGAAAAGAGAACCUGGCAGAAGAUGCUGAGGCUGAGAAACAGGAAGAGAGUCUGCUGACAGAGUGUACAUCUUACCUCAGCAGUAUCUUUGUCCACUGGGAGCCGGCGUUCCCCCUCCCUGAACCCCAGCCGGCUCAGCCAAGAGAAAAAGUGGAUCCCAGUCAGUUGGCCAGUGAUACUGCACACCUGCUCACCAAGUGGUCCCUGAGGUGUUUAGUCGAGGACUCGUAUGAUGAAACCAGAACAAAAGAGUUCUUGCAUUGGAUCGAAAAGGCUGUGAUAAAACAAGGAGAAGGCAUGCAGUUUGUGUUACUCGAUGUUGGCAUGAAAGCAGACGUCCUUCGACUCUACCAUCAGGCCUUCGAAGCUCAGUGUUCCUCCAGCCUUUCAGCAAAAGUAGAUGUCCUCCAGCUAUUUAGCAACAUAAUGAUUUGCUUGCUAGAGAGCCAAGGCAACCUUCCAGAGCUGCAUCAGGCAGUCGUCUCUGCCUGCCUGCCAGAAGCCACACAUGAUGAGUCUCGACGUGAAGCAGGUCUGUUUCUGUUGUCGUCCUACGUCCAUGAGUUGUGGCGAGGAGCCACGUCAGCAGAGCUGUUUCUGUCUCAUGUCAGUUUGGUGACCAGAGCUAAGUGUAACAGACAGAAAGCAUCCAAAUCAUCUCUGAGUCAAACAGCCAUCAGAGCCAUCUGUCAUGACAUCACCACCCUGAAGAGUUAAACAUCUGACCACUACUCUGUUCUCUAAAAUAGACUUCGUUACAUUACAUUCUUGUAAAAAGACUGAAGAUAUUUUGUAAAACCUUCCGUUAUAAAAUGUUGAUUUACACUUCUGUGAAUGUUUUUUUUAUUGACAUGGUUCCUGUAUGAACUAAAUAUUUGAAACAUGUUGUGUGUAAGUGUGUCUUUGACUAAAUCUAAGAAAUGAUUAGCUGCUUUUAGAUAAAGCACAGCAAUAUACAUGUGCUGUCCUUGUACUUUUAACACCCAGGGCCAGGUUAGCAAAUACACAGUGAAGGCUAAAGCAUAGAACAAUAUUUACAUAACAUUGUACUAAAUGGUAACAUCGCCUUGUACUUGUUCCAUUGAAAUGGAAAGAAAGCAGGACCCUUUGCUACUCUGUCUAAAAACGUAUUUUCCUGCAACAUAAUCUUCACAGUUUUCCUCCUGGUUAUUGUUUUGUGUCCAUCACACCUCAUUUUAAACAGCUAACAUUUAUAAAAUGUACUCUCAUUCAAAUAAAGUCCUGGGUCAAGCA